UGGUGGGAUUCGUCACGUAGCUCCUUCAUCGGCUUCUUCGCUACGUGUGGCCGACUUGGAGGGAAGGGAUUGUCACCAAGAAAGGGAAAAACAGGAGAAAAGAGCAGAAACAAUAAACUACCCCCUAAAAGCUGCCUCAGGAGCAGUGAAGUGUCUUCAUGGCAGUUCGUCGAGGACACAUUAAGUACUUGAAAGCCGACCUGCAGGAGGUGUAUGACAUGUCUAACGGUUAUGAAGACCACAUGGGAGGGGACGAGGGGAAGGACGCCAAGACCAACCUGAUAGUGAACUACCUGCCUCAGAGCAUGACACAGGAUGAGCUGCGGAGCCUCUUCAGCAGCAUCGGAGAGGUGGAGUCUGCCAAGCUGAUUCGAGACAAAGUCGCAGGCCACAGUUUAGGGUACGGAUUUGUUAACUAUCUUAACCCUAGUGAUGCAGACAGAGCUAUCAGUACACUGAAUGGACUAAGGCUACAGUCCAAAACUAUCAAGGUUUCAUACGCACGACCCAGCUCUGAUACAAUAAAGGAUGCCAACCUAUAUAUCAGCGGCCUGCCAAAGUCCAUGACCCAGAAGGAUGUGGAGGACAUGUUUUCACGUUAUGGACAUAUCAUUAACUCUCGAGUACUUGUUGAUCAGGCUACAGGUAUGACAGGCGGGUCCCGCGGGGUGGCCUUUAUCCGGUUUGACAAACGGGCAGAGGCAGAAGAUGCCGUCAAAAAUCUUAAUGGCCAAAAACCACCUGGAGCCUCUGAGCCAAUCACCGUGAAAUUUGCUGCCAACCCAAACCAGGCGAAGAACACGCAGCUCAUCUCUCAGCUCUACCACAACCAGUCCCGACGCUUCGGGGGGCCCUUACACCACCAGGCACAGCGGUUUAGGUUCUCUCCCAUGGGUGUUGAUCACAUGGGCAGCAUGGGAGGCGUCAGUGUCCCUGGGAACGCCACUUCCGGCUGGUGCAUCUUCAUCUACAACCUGGGCCAAGACGCCGACGAGAGCAUCCUUUGGCAGAUGUUCGGCCCCUUCGGCGCCGUCACCAAUGUCAAGGUGAUCCGUGACUUCAACACCAACAAGUGCAAGGGCUUCGGCUUCGUUACCAUGACUAACUACGAGGAGGCGGCCAUGGCCAUCGCAAGUCUGAACGGCUACCGGCUCGGAGACAAGAUACUGCAAGUGUCCUUCAAGACCAGCAAGGGCCACAAGUAGAAAGAUCUGGACAAUCUGGUGUAGAGGAGAGAUGGAAGUGACCUGCUUCAGACUUUUAUUGCAGUUUGCAAAGUCUGACACAUCUGUCUGGGUUUUAGUGUAUUCAGAAUUAAGUGAGAUGUUCACUCUCCUGCCCCUUUGUACUCAUUGUACCUGUUUUUUCCUUCUUUAUACUCAUGCUUGUGGCUUGAGGACACAGUAGUUUUAAUUUUAAGGGAGGUGAUGGAGAGGGAAAAAUCCCAUGAAGCCCCUCCCCUCAAGAUAUCUCUUGAAAAUUAUCUAAAAAGCUAAAAUACUGUCUGUAUGUGUUGCAUGUAUAACUGUAGGGACUAUAUAAAGGAGAAUGGCAAAUGGUUCUUAGCAGUGCACUGAAAAUAUGGAGCAUAAGGAAAUCCCUGCAAAUUGUUCUCCAAGUGUUGAUAUUUUAGUGGAUGGUUUAGUGUAAAGAAAAUGUUGCCCGUAGCCAGUGGUUGUUUCAUUUUUGGAAAAGCAUCGCUCUGUUCUGGAUCCUUGUUAUAAGUAGAAAUAGAUGCCUUAAAUUAUCAUCCAGUGGACACACAGACCUAAAAUACCACUUACUGUCUAAAGUCAGUCUAAGAGCAAAGCACUUUUAACCAAUCUGUUUUAGGUUCAUAUGAGGAUCAGUCUUUUUGAUGUUAAUCUAUGACAUUUGCUCACCCUCGUACCAGGAUAACACUUUUAAACAUGACGAGCUCUGGAGGGAAAUGUUGCUGUUUAGAUGUCCCUGUGUAAACUGUCUUUUUAUUAUAAGUUGUAUUUCAGAAUAGUCCUGUUGAAUAUGAACACCAGUCAAUGAGUAGGGAAUUAAGAUGG